UAUAUGACUCCUGAUAAUACCAAUGUGGCAGAAUCUUGUCAUGCAAAUAUUAAUUGUAAUGGAAAAGUAUUAUCUUUAUAUAAUACAAUUCUUAAAAUUUCUAAUUCUGGUAAAAAUCAAAGUAUUAUUGCAAGAGAAAAGCGAUUAAUUAAAAAAACAGUUGAAAUAGAUCUUAUAGAAGAUUUAUCAAGUCAAACAUCAUCAAGUUUAAAUCAUCAAGAAUAUCAAUUAACUCUUAAGGAAUGUGAAUUGGCAAUUAAAGAAAGAGAACUUAAAUUAGAGAAAGAAAAACUUGAAUUGGCAAAACUGCGAAGAGAACUUAGUCUUAAUGGGCUUAAUGAUUAA